GCCCUCCUCCUCUCCCGCCGGGAGCCCUCUGGCCCACCAAUCAGCGGCAGUGACGCAACUCGGGCUGCCGGUAGCCAAUGGGCGGGCCGCUUAGUGACCGGAGGGGAGGCGAGGAAGCAAGAUGGAAGCAGCAGGAGAGGCAGCGGCGGUGUCCGCUGAGGAGCUGCGGGCCCCGGCCGCCUUCGUGGCUUCCCUGCAGCCUGAGAUGGCCGCCACUGCCGCCGUGGUGCUGCCGGAGCGGCUGCAGCGGCGGGAAGCGGAGCGGCAGCAGGGCGUGGAACGGCAGCGGCAGAAGAAGGAGGCGCAGGUAGUGAAGGAGGAGCAGAGCGAGUUCUUCGUGGCCGCCUUCGCCCGGGAGCGAGAGGCCGUGGAGGCGCUCCUGGCGGCGGGGCCGCUAGAGGAGGCGGCCGUCCGCCUGCAAGGGCUGCAGAAGCUGCUGACCGAGAGCGUGCGGUUCCUGGCGCCCUACGAGGUGCGGCAGGGGCAGGAGGCCGUGGCGCGGCUCCAGGGGGACCUGGCGGCCCGGCGUCAGCAGCUGCAGCCCAAGAAGAAAUUCGCCUUCCGGGCCCUCAAGAAAGAAGCGGCUCCGGGCAGCGAACCGCGCCCCGCGGAGCCCGCCCGGCCUGCAGCCGCCCCGCCGGCCCCUGGCCACGGCCCAGCCGAAGGGGAGUCGAGCGGCCCGCCGCUGUGCGGGUUCAGCGGCGCCGAGGACGAGGAGCUGGAGCUCGGCCCCGCUGAGCUGCUGCAGCGCGACGUGGUGCUCUCCGAGCUGCGCGGCUGCCGGGUGCGGCUCCGCGGCAACGCCAACACGCUGCGGGUGCGGGACUGCCGGGGCUGCACCGUGCUCUGCGGGCCCGUUUCCACCUCCGUGCUGGUGGACGGCUGCAGCGAUUGUCUCCUGGUGCUGGCCUGCCAGCAGCUCCGCACCCAUCGCACCCGCAACAGCCGGUUCUAUGUCCAUGUUACCAGCCGAGCUGUAAUCGAGGACUGCACUAAGGUCUCCUUCGCCCCCUACGCCUGGAGCUAUGCUGGUAUCGAGAGGGAUUUCGAGUCUUCUGGGCUGGACAGGAACAGAAACAACUGGAACCUGGUGGAUGACUUUGACUGGCUGGUGGCUGACAAGCCUUCACCCAACUGGAGUCUGAUCCCUGAGCAGGAAAGAAUCAGCUGCUGGGACUGACUGGAGAGGCAGCUUUGUGCUCAGCAGCAAAUCCUCAUGUAAACACAUUGAUUGAUUGAUUCAUAAACUGUGGGACUUCAUCCCCAAUAUGCCAUUAAAUGAUUCCAUUUGGUAUUUAAAUUGUGUAUUACAAUGUAUGACUGGAUUUUUUUGGUUGAAGAAUACCAGUCAAAUAUAGUUUACUAUUCUUACACAAGUUGCUGCUAUAAUCUUUAUGUAUCACUGUGGAAUAUUGCCAACUACUGCAGUACCUCAUUGCUGAGUUUUUCUAAUGAAGGUGGGGCGAGAGGUGCUGAUACACAGCCAACAGUGAGCCUGUGUUAGAGCUGUUGUGCAGCUUUCACUCACCCAGGCAGAAUCUGAAUUAGCUGCAAGUAGUACGAGCUGUACUGAAAUGGAAAAAUCAAAUACCAGAUUUUUGUCAUAUUUUUGUGGUUCUCAAAUUGCAGGCAACAGUACAUGAUCUCUUAGGUAGUAUGGGAGAAGACUUUUGUGAGAUAAUGGGAACAAAAGGUUAAUUUAAAGGAGGAGUUUGUAACUGAACAGUGUAGCAGACCAAGAUGAAUCCUAGACUAUGAUAUAAUUAUGAGCCAGCUUCUGCUGAUGUGGGUGAAACCUGUAAGUUGUCUUUUCCUUUAGACUUACCUCACUUGAAAUUAAAGCCUAAAUGGAGUCUUCUAAUGAACAUUAAUGCUUUCCUAAUAUAUUAACAAUUGUUUGAAGUCAACAAACCUGUAGAGGCUAUAUAAAUAUUAAACCUUUACAGUGUGAAAAUAUUACGUGAAAGGAUGCCUCUAUAAAGGUUUUAACCUGAGAUGGAUAAAAAUGAAUGCUUUGAGUAUACUUUCAGGGGCAUACAGUAAGUGCUGAUUAACAUUACAGAAGCUAUGUAAACUGCUCUGCUGCACUCUGAAACUUCAGGGGAGAGAUGUUCAGGGUACCCUACUAGUUGUUUCGUCUGUCUGCCAGACAGCAGGCUUUGUGGUGCUGUGAGCUUCAUUUACAGCACCCUGCUACUGCAUAAGUGCAGUGUUGAUAGUCAGUAAAACAGGAAGAUGAGGUGCUAUAUUCUAGUUCCAAAAUUGCAUGUUAUCUUGCACAAAGUACACAGUAAUUUCAGUCCCAUUUCUUCACUCCCACUAAAUAAAAAGUAGGAGCAUUAUGGAAUACAAUGUUUCUACAAUGCAUUGUUAGUGGUGGUAAAGUGACCGCUAUCCAUACAUAAAGUAUAGUAGUUAUAGGUUUCCAAAACCACUCCUUGUGAUGUUUUUGUAAGAAAUCAUUGUUUAUCUUGCCUAACAAUCAGCUUAGAGUUGUAUUUAAAAACUGCAAAAUAUUUAUGCUGCCCUACCAUCAUAUAUGUGCCUCUAACAGAAAGUGAAUACUAGCUGAACCAUCACAAACUGCAUCAUUGCUGUAAGUACUUGAAACUUCACUUGAGUACUUGACUGGUUUUGAGCAGAAAAUCUUUUUAUCUAAAUUGUUUUCAGCAUAUUUAAAAGGGGGGAAGAAAAGAGAAACCUUAUAUAUUUUUCACAACUUUCAGUUUUGUUUACUUCUGUUAAUGUAUACUUUUUGAAUUGGAUUUUGCAUUUCAAAUAUAUUUGUUUUAAAU